AUGAACAAAACUCAUCCCCAGAGAAACGGUGAUGUAGCUACUUUUGGUUCAACAGAGUCCUCUGGAAAAAGAGGCUGCUGCCAUCCCUGUGGUGCCCGCUGCCAUCCCUGUGGUGCCCGCCCUGGCUGCACACAGAGGCACCUCUGCAUCUCUGCCCUGGCACUGCUCGUCCUCGCGGCCGCCGUGGCCUCGGUGGUGGCAGCCCUGGCACUCCUGCCACGGGCACCAGUGAACCGCCUCUGCACAGCCCCUAAUAACAGGACAGGCUUCUUGUGUGACGACAGAGUGACUUGUGUCCCUGCCAGCUGGGUCUGUGACAGAGUCAGCAACUGCAGGAACGGAGAGGAUGAGCAGGAGCAGCUCUGUGGUGACUUACCCCACAGCCUCCCAGGGUACCUGGUUUUCUACUGCAGCAACCCCAGAUCCUGGGUCUAUGCUGACCAGAGGUGCAAUGGGAUGAACGACUGCGGGGACUGCUCUGACGAGUCGUGGAGCUUGGCCGCCUGUCCCCCAUGUGGGCAGGAGUGGUGGAGCUGCAGCCCCGUGCAUUUCGAGUUCUGCUCCUGCAUCCCCCGGAGGCUGUGCCGGGACGGAAUCCAGCACUGCCUGGGCUGGUCUGACGAGUUCCUCUGCCCAGCCUGA